AUGGGCAAGCUACAAGAAAGAUUUGGUGCGUUUAUCAAUAAUAGAUGGCUAGUUUUUGUGGCUGCAAUGUGGAUACAAUCAUGUGCAGGGAUUGGUUAUUUAUUUGGCAGCAUAUCACCAGUUAUAAAGAGCUCAAUGAACUACAAUCAAAAGCAGCUUGCAAGUUUAGGUGUGGCUAAAGAUCUUGGCGAUAGUGUUGGUUUCUUGGCUGGUAGCUUAUCAGAAAUCUUGCCUUUUUGGGGUGCUUUGUUAGUUGGUGCUUUGCAGAAUCUUAUUGGAUAUGGUUGGGUUUGGCUUGUGGUAACAGGCAGAGCUCCGGCUUUGCCACUAUGGGCUAUGUGCAUUCUUAUAUUUAUAGGGAACAAUGGGGAAACCUACUUCAACACAGUUUCUCUGGUUUCUUGUGUGCAAAACUUUCCAAAAAGCCGUGGCCCGGUUGUGGGAAUACUAAAAGGCUUUGCUGGAUUAAGUGGUGCAAUUUUGACCCAAAUAUAUACAACGAUCCAUUCCCCUGAUCACGCAUCUCUCAUUUUUAUGGUUGCGGUUGGGCCAGCAAUGGUAGUCAUUGCCCUGAUGUUCAUUGUCAGACCCGUUGGAGGUCACAGACAAGUCAGGCCCUCUGAUGGCACAAGUUCUACAAUUGUAUACAGUGUCUGCCUUCUACUGGCUGCAUAUUUGAUGGGGGUUAUGCUUGUUGAAGAUCUAGUUGAUUUGAACCACACUGUGGUUAUAAUUUUUACAGUAGUUUUGUUCGUCCUCCUUGUGAUUCCUAUUGUGAUUCCUGUGACAUUGAGUUUUUACCUUGAUCCAAGAGAUACAAUAGAAGAGCCGUUUCUAGCUGAGACACCGAAACAGGAACCUGGCAAAUCUGGGCAGGAGACCCCAGAGGUAAUAUUCAGUGAGGUUGAAGAUGAAAAACCCAGGGAAGUAGACUUGCUUCCAGCAUCAGAGAGGCAAAAACGGAUUGCACAGCUGCAAGCGAAACUGUGCCAAGCAGCUGCAGAAGGAGCGGUGAGGGUCAAGAGGAGGAGAGGUCCACAUAGAGGCGAGGAUUUCACCUUGAUGCAAGCAUUGAUCAAGGCAGACUUUUGGCUUAUUUUUGUCUCUCUUUUGUUGGGAUCUGGAUCUGGACUGACAGUGAUUGAUAACCUUGGUCAGAUGAGCCAGUCUCUAGGGUAUGAUAAUACACACAUUUUUGUGUCUAUGAUUAGCAUUUGGAACUUCCUUGGCCGUGUUGGGGGCGGCUACUUCUCUGAGAUUAUUGUCAGGGACUAUGCUUAUCCAAGGCCAGUGGCAAUGGCGCUUGCCCAACUUGUUAUGGCAGUUGGCCAUCUCUUCUUUGCGUUCGGAUGGCCUGGGGCAAUGCACAUUGGUACUUUGAUGACCGGACUUGGCUAUGGGGCUCAUUGGGCAAUUGUGCCUGCUGCUGCUUCAGAGUUGUUUGGUUUGAAAAAGUUCGGGGCUUUGUACAAUUUCCUUACUCUGGCAAAUCCGGCAGGUUCGCUUAUCUUUUCUGGUCUGAUUGCAAGCAGCAUAUAUGACCGUGAAGCAGAAAAGCAAGCUCACGGAAACAAUCACCUCAUUCAGAAUUCAGGGUCAAUUUUUUCAGGCAUGGUUGGUCUCAAUGAACCGCUGAAGUGUGAAGGUUCCAUAUGCUACUUCCUUACUUCUAUGAUCAUGUCAGGAUUUUGCAUUGUUGCGGUUGUGUUAAGCAUGAUUCUUGUGCAUCGGACAAAGAUUGUCUAUGCAAACCUCUACGGAAAAUCACGGAGUUGA